AUGGCAUCAAAAUACUUUCGACUUUCAUCCUUGGGUCGUAGUUCUAACCUCAGGGACGAGGACGACGAGAUUGAAGCUGCCGCUGCAAUUUGUAUGCUGCAGCAGAAACGUCGAAGGGGGGGUUCUGUUCCAGGACAUCGAGUUUACAACCGUGAUCGUGCCGGUGCUGAUAAACAAUUGAUGGCUGAUUACUUUGUUGAACGAUCACUUUACAAUGAGGACCACUUCAGGAGAAGGUUCCGAAUGAGACUAGAAUUGUUCUGUGACCUUGUCAAAAAGCUGGCAGCCGCUAACUCAUAUUUUGCUCAGAACAACAAUUGUGUUGGUCAAGCAGGAUUCACUCCUACCCACAAGUGCGCUGUUGCCAUCAAGAUGCUUGCAUAUGGUGGUCCAGCAGAUGCUUUAGAUGAUCACUUGAAAAUGGGAGAGAGCACCGUUCUGCUGACUUUGAAGAAAUUUGUCCAAACAAUUAUACAAGUGUAUGGUCAGGAAUGGCUUCGACCACCAACAGCAGAGGAGAUGAAGCAUAUUCUUCAGGUAAAUGCUGCCAGAGGGUUUCCAGGAAUGUUAGGAAGUAUUGACUGUAUGCAUUGGGAGUGGUCUAGCUGCCCAACUGGUCAUCACGGAAUGUAUAAGGGACACAAAGGCAAACCUACACUCAUACUAGAGGCUGUAGCAACAGAGGAUCUUCGGAUAUGGCACGCUUUCUUUGGAAUGCCAGGAUCACACAAUGACAUCAAUGUGUUAGAUCGAUCUCCAGUGUUCGAUAACUUAGCAAAUGGAUGUGUGCCUCCUGUGGAAUUUACUGUCAAUGGCAACGAUUACCACUUAGGGUACUAUCUAGCUGAUGGUAUCUAUCCAGAUUGGGCCACAUUGGUGAAGUCAAUCCCUGCUCCUGCUAACAACAAGGAUGGAUGGUUUGCAGAAAGACAAGAGGCAUGUCGAAAGGAUGUAGAGCGUGCCUUCGGUGUUUUGCAAGCCAAGUGGAAGAUACUUCAUUACCCAGCACGGUUGUGGAAACCUUCUGAUCUACGCGAUAUUAUGAUGGCGUGCAUUAUCUUGCAUAACAUGAUCAUUGCCGAUGAAAGGGGUUCUGACCUACCUCAUAUUGAAAACAGAGAAUGGCCUGGUCCAUCAGACCCUCCUGUUAAUAACAUCGCUGAAAUGAUGGAUGCUUACACAGUUAUAAAGAACAAGGAAACAUGUUAUGAACUGCGCAAAGAUCUUGUGGAGCACAUUUGGGCGAUGAAGGGAUCAUCAUGA